GUUAAGGCCUCAACCAUGGCGUCUGUAUCGUAUCGAGAACCAAUAUCUACUACUGUGGGAAAGCGAAUGAUGGUUACAGGCCCAGAUUAUAUAAAGGAUCACCUACCUAAAAUUCAUCAGCACUCUUCCUACAUAGGAGAAAAGCGUCCGGUGUCAGAAAAAACUGGAGAUCUCAGAUAUUUAUGGAGACCUGACCCACACAGAGGCUUACCAGCAAAAUAUAAACACAACUAUGUUGGUGAAAUUGGUUGGGGAAUACCUAAGUAUGAUUUUAUCAACAAAUCAAAUAUUGAGUCCGGCUUUCACAUCAAGUAUGGAGAAAUAAGUCACGCUGCUAUUGAUCAAUUAACCCACAGAUACCAGAGUCCAUGGCAACCCAAACCUUAUAUUCUGGAUAUGCAAGGAAAAUUUGGUCGUGGUUUUAUUGCCUGGCAUCUUGGUGAUUAUGAGCAGACCGAUACGAGAAAUUCCAAGCGGGCUCUCCUGGUUAAGAAGAGUAAGGCUGAUGCCCCAAGAACUUCCAGACCAUCUAACCUGCCAAAGCUACCCCAAAAGGAACAGAAAAGGAGACUUCAGCCUGUAAAAAAGGAUAAUUCAACCUGCUUCUAGAAAAGAAACUGCCUACAUAUGUAGAACAAAAAUAAGGUCGUAAUAACCCAUAAACUCUUCUCGUAUUACCCCGUGACAGAUGUCCUACAACUGUCUGCUUCAGUUUAAAGCCCAAGUAAAGGCUUCAGUGAAAAGGUGUUGUCAGUCUUUGCAUAACAUUAGAAUUGUUUCAUGCAACUAUUAUUAACAGUCAUACUAACAGGAGCUGUUUCCUGAGUGCUUAUAAUGUCUAAUACAAAGCCAAGUGCUUUCUGUGAAUUAUCCAAUUUUCACAGCCCUAUGAAAUAGGUUCUAUUAUUUCACCAGCUUUGCAGACAGAUUUCAGACGUGGAGAGGUCACACAGUUAGUGAGGAUCAGAACUCGGAUCUGACUCCAGGCCAUCACACUCCAGAGCCCAGGUAUUAGCCACUAAGAUACACUGGCUUUUCAAGUACCUUAUAUGGGAAUAAGGAG